GUGAGACAAGCCGCUGACGGAAGCGGAGCACCACCAGGCAGGGAUGCAGACUGGACUCCCACCCGCGGAAGAUGAGGCGCAGCUUUCGGAAGCUUAAAGGCACACAUCUCAAACCAUGGGACUAAGAAGGCGCCUGGAGCUCAAAACAUGAGCCAGCUGCGAGUCACGAGGCCGGGACUUCUCAUGUGCACGGCCAUCUGCAUCUUCAUCUUUCUUUAUUUAAGGAAUCCAGCUCCUGAGGAACCAGAGGAGGAACCCACCUACCCAGCAGUAGUGGAGUGUGGCUUUUAUCCAGAGGAACUGUGUUCAGCUUUAUUUGAUGGGAAAGGGGCAGCCCCCCAAGUUGCAAAAUUUUGUAAAAACCCUCACAGAGCUGAAAUACUUGCUCAUUUACACACACCACGAAACUGCUCCAGGAUUUCCCAGGAGUUGCAUUUCAUAACCAGACCCCUGUCUGCAGAAGAGGGCAGUUUCUCCUUGGCAUAUAUUAUAACUGUUCAUAAGGAGCUGGCUAUGUUCGUGCGGCUUCUCAGAGCUAUUUAUGUACCUCAAAAUGUUUACUGUAUUCAUGUCGAUAAAAAGGCCCCAAAGAAGUACAAGACUGCUGUGCAAACCCUGGUUAAUUGUUUUGAAAAUAUUUUUAUGUCAUCAAAGACAGAGAAAGUGGCUUACACUGGCUUUCCCAGACUAAAGGCAGAUAUUAAUUGUAUGAAAGAUCUAGUCCAUUCCAAAUUUCAAUGGAACUACGUCAUUAAUCUUGGUGGACAAGACUUUCCAAUCAAAACCAACAAAGAAAUCAUCCACUACAUCAGGAGCAAAUGGAAUGAUAAAAAUAUCACUCCUGGAGUAAUCCAACCACCGAACACUAAAUCCAAGACAAGUCAAAGUCAUCCCGAACUCGCCCCUGAAGGAAGUAUCUAUGUCUCUCCCAAUCAAAGAUUCAAACAUGAACCGCCCCGUAACUUAACAAUUUAUUUUGGAAGCGCUUACUACGUACUAACGAGGAAAUUUGUAGAGUUUGCACUGACUGACAUCCGUGCAAAAGACAUGCUUCAGUGGUCCAAAGACAUCCACAGCCCAGAGCGACACUACUGGGUGACUCUGAACCGACUGAAAGAUGCCCCGGGUGCCACACCAAACGCUGGCUGGGAAGGAAACGUUCGAGCCAUUAAAUGGAGAAGCGAGGAGGGAAAUGUUCACGAUGGAUGUAAAGGCCACUAUGCCCAGGAGAGCUGUGUGUAUGGCCCAGGAGACUUGCCGUGGAUCAUUCAAUCACCUUCUUUGUUUGCCAACAAAGUCGACCCUUCAACAGACCCUCUUGUGGUGACGUGCUUGGAGAGAUGGCACAGACUUAAAGUCCUACAGCAGGCAGAGGUUCCCGUGGAAGCACACUGGCAUUUUCAACAGGAGAGUCACUUUAAUACGAGACUGAACCGCUGAGCUGCAAGUUACAAAGAGCAUCCGCUUUCUUGUUGGUAUCAUUCUGUUCCCCGACUUGCAAUAAGAGAACAUUCAACCAAAGAAGAAAAAACGGGAAAAUCAUUCCUUGAUAGAAAUUAGUCCUAAUACGCAUUUAGAAACAUGCUAUUGACAAGACUAUGCUAUUGAUCACAGGCCACUUUUAUAGCUUUGAGAGAGAAAUCACAAGAGAAAAAGUAACUCAAGGUACUGCUGGUGACAUACUGAAAAGCCACCUGGAAGGCUGCCUGCUUCAGUAAGAAGUUGCUAAAAAUCAAAAUUCUCCAAACACUUAGAUCCAGGCUCAAGUUCGAAUAAGAACACAUCUUGUUUUGAAGCAAUUUAACAAAGAACAAGACUCCCACUGAAAAUGAAAAUAUGCUUAUCUAAAACGGUCCUCUGUGGCUGGGAACAAUGUAACUUUGUUCUGGUAAUCCUAGAAAAACACAAAAGAGUUUACUUCCUUUGCACAAAGUGAAAGUAAUCUGGAGUUGAAACACAACUUCUUAAAAGGCCGCGCGAAGCUCUGCAGGGGCAGCGCAGUCUAGCAGCACUUUCGGAGAUGAUGGCAAUGUUCCACGUCUGUACUGUCAAUACCGACCACAACCACUCGUGACUUUGGGGCACUGGAAAUGUGGCUAGUGCAACCAAUUAAGUGAAUCUUAACUUUUAGUUAAUUUAAACUUUCUUCACUAAUUGAAAUUGAAAUAGUCACAUGCGACUGGUGGUCCAUGCUGAACACCAUGGGUCAAAGGCAUGAAUGGUCUUAAUUCUCUCUACUCACAGGUCCGGGUCUGUAAAAAGUCCAUGACUUUGCUGUUUCAUUGAGGACUUUACACAAUAUUCUCUUUCUCUAAAAGAGUCUGUGGCAUCACACGAGACUGAAAAUGUAUGACCAUUAAAUAGCACAAGAUAAAGUAACUAAAAUAAGGAAAAGCAGGAACCACAGGAGAGGACACUAAAGAAAUAAAUGUAUAAUUCAAAGGCAAAGUGUAACAACUCAGUAAACUGAAGCUUCCCAAACACAGAAACGGAAUCAAAUCCCCUUCGAGUCCAUGAAAAUAGCCCUUGAAAAGCAUCAAGCUGAUCAGACGGAAAAGAGGCUUUGAAAGCAGAUCCCACAAACCAAACUUACGCUAACCACAGAAUAUCAGCAUCUUUGUUUAAACAACAUUUCUUCCUCAAAGAUAUGUAAUUCUAAGGAAAGCACACACCGAAAACGUUAAGACUGCCAAAGAGAAGAACACACGAGCCCCAGGACAGCACUGCUUUUCUCCACAUUUUGAUGGGCAGACAGUGCUCAGGGGUGGUGCUAACUGGCCACGUUCGGACUGGCGGUUCAGAAAGCUUGAUUCACUACGGCUGUGUCCCCUGUAUUUUAUAACAACUCACCAGCAAGUAAGUGCAAACCCCAUUAAAAAAAGGGAAGAAGCUUAAAUCUUUUCAUGUUACUUGAAACACAAGCCCGCCUUCACUCCAUUUCAAUGUCAAUCCAUAGUACAGUCAUAUUACCAUGAAAAGGGUCCUAAUAAGAGUGUCUACUUAAUAGUUUGCUAUGAAGACGAGCACUUAGAAUAAUGUCUGACACUUUUCACCAAUGAGGAAACCGAGGCACAGGGUGACGAUGGGACAGCCCCAGGACCACGUGGCUAAGAAGGUGGAGCUGGGAUUUGGACCCAGGCAGGCAGUGUGGCCCCAGCAUGCAAGCCUUUACUAUACCACCUUACCCCACA